ACAAGCGUUUAUACGUGAUUCUGCUCUUGCACGCGCGUCCGUCCCUGCGUCGUCCGCUCGAGACUCCGGUGCGAUCAUUAAAAAAAAAUCUUCUUUCUCUUCGGUUUAAAAAAAAGAAAUCGAUCACAGCAAGCGAUUGGAGGACAUAAAAACUUUGCAUUGCAUUUCAGAGUAAGGCAUGGAUGAUUCUGAAGGGUGGGUUGGUUCCUGGAGGCCUCACAAGCCAAGAGGACCAAUUGCUGCACUGUAUAGCGGCCCCGGGCCUAAGUACGCCCUCCCGGGGGUUACAGGUCAAAAUGACCAUGACCCACGGAAAUGGAAGGCUCCUGCAUACAGUUUUGGAAUACCUUAUAGGUACAACAGAGAAAGUGGCACACCUGGACCCUCCUAUCUCAUACCCUCUAAUAUCACUCGAACUGGACGUGAUGGCAACCCUGCAUAUUCAAUAUAUAGUCGACCAAAAGACGUUAAGCUCUUCCAGAGCCCAGGACCAGGGACCUAUCGCCCAGAAAAAGCAGAGGUGUCAUGCUUUUAUUCCGCCCCCUCAUACUCACUGUCUGCUAGAACCGAUUUGUUCCACAAGGACCAAACACCAGGGCCUGCUACAUAUACACUUCCCCCAGUGCUGGGGCCAGGUUCAGUGUGUAAAAGAUCUGCUCCAAGCAUCUCUCUCAGUGGCCGGAGCAGAAUUGGUAGCUUCCAUGAAGACCUGAAGAAGACUCCAGGUCCUGCGUCAUACAGAGUUGUUGACCCAGACAUAUACAGAUCAAAAUCCCCGCAGUAUAGCCUUAUAGGACGCAGCAGCUUGCCUGGUGAUGCAAUCCAGAACCCAGGACCUGGAACUUACUAUCCAGAGAAGGUGGCCACCACAAGAUACAAAGCCCCCAGCUUUUCCUUUGGUAUCCGUCACUCUGACUACAUUGCCCCAAUGAUUUUGGACGAAGACGGUGAUUAAUCAUCACCUCAAUCUUGUCUUUUUAUGAAGACUAUUGAACAGCAACGACUCACUAACGAAAACUAAACUCUAAAACACUUCAAAUAAACCAUGUUUAAUCUUCUAAACCAA